UCACAAGGGAGGUGGUUCUUAGCCAGUGGAAGGAUGAAAAACCCUUAGGAGGAAAUUAGGGAAAAGAUUGUUCCAUGGCAACACCAAGCUUGUUGUUUCCUAAAUACAACUGAGAGGAUGGAGCAGCCAGCGCCCGCAAAUCCUGCAACACUAUCGGCAACUAUAACUGAUGAUGCAACUAAGAGGAUGGAAAAGUCCAGAACUGAUGGAGCAUCCAGAAAGGAUUCAGCAGCAACAAAAGAAACUCGUGCAUCUACUUUUCGGGACAUGGUUACCUUCUUAAAAUCUCCAACGGGUGAACGAUUUAUCAUACUUGAGAUGUUCAUCCUUAGUGCCAUGACACUGCUGCUUUUCCUUCUAUAUCAGAAGGAAAUGAAAAAAAGAGCUGAUUUUCAAGUGGGAUUGGGAAUGAUUCGAAACAUUGUUGUUGGGAUUGAUUCAACCUAUAAGGACAAGGAUGACUUCCAAAUACUCGCUGUAGUUCAAAACUUAUCAGAGGAAGUGCGGCAUCUUGCCAUCCAAAAUGAUCGACUGCAAAAGGAAAUUGACAUCAUCUCUAAAAAUGUGGAUGAUGGUUGGGUUUUAUUUGCAACGGCAUACUAUUGGUUUUCUCAUGGGGUACAAUCAUGGAUGAAUUCCCAAAAAGUGUGUGAGAGGGAAGGCGCCAAGCUCAUUUCUAUAGAAACAACAGCAGAACAGCAAUUUGUGAUAAAUGAAGUAAAAGUCCGAAGAAAGCUUUUUUGGCUUGGACUCUUUAAAGACAACAAAGCGAAAUGGAACUGGCUGUCAGGCACAAUACCUAGAGCCCACUUCUGGAAAAGGGGUGAGCCAAAUAGAGCCGCGAAGCACGACUGUGGUGUAAUGGCCUUUAAUUGCCGCGGAAGUUGCUGGGCAACAUUAAACUGUGAGCAAAUGACACAGUAUAUUUGCAAGAAGGUGCCAAAUGAUGCUUGGCUCUAAGAAGACACUUUAAGAUGAACGAAACUGGAUCUCAUGAUCACUACACAAAACCAAAACCAAGAGAUCACCCCACCCCGCUGUUUUAAUGCACAAGCCACACUCUGCCAUCUAGAUUAUGGGACUCUUUGGCAUCAGCCCUCAAAAACACCUUGAAAAGACCUUAUUCUGCAAGCUCAAACGUAGAUUGCUAUGAAAAUAAAGAAUGGAAGGGUCCAGUCAUAGCCUG